GAUCUGGUCAGGAGGGAUGGAGAGCUGGAGAAUCAGUUCAAGACGAUGCAGCUUCCCGACAUAACCCGGGGCAGCGGGAUUCUCCUGCCUCUGCUGUCAAUUACCAACUUGAAAAUCCUCUCCAUCCGGUUCCUCGAAAUCGCAGUGAAGUUACAGCCGCCGCUGGGCAUCCGGCUGGCGGUCAACUUGAGGCUCAACAUCAACGGCAACUGCCUGCUGAACCUCGUGUCCGGGCUGGUCGAUAUCUCCGUGGAUCUGAGGGUGGACGUCCGAGUCCGCCUGGGAGACGUGUCGGCCGGGAGCAUCCUCUUCGUCUCCGACGGAUGCGAUCCUCUCAUCGCGGCCGUCAGCGUCAACCUCCUCUCUGGAAUACUUCCUAUCCAGGCCCGAAUCUUAAUUUCAAAUAACGUCCGGGAAACGCUUCCGGUUUUGGCCUGCCCCCUGCUGAACGACGCUUUGAUUCGGACCAAUUCCCAGAUGUUUGGCACGGUGAACUCGCUGGCCUCUCUGGGCACCGCGGGCACCGUCCGGUACCUCCUCGCUCGGCAGCCCCGGGUGACCGGCCAAGCCCUGAGCCUCCACCUGACCGUGUCUGUCCGCAGGCUGGGAGGAGGCUCGGUCGGUGUUCCGGUCACUUCGAUUCAACCCACCCUGCCGGACCUGCGGGGCAAAACGAUGUCCAUGGGCAUCUGCCAGGACUUCCUGUCUGCCGCCCUCUCCGUCCUCGUCAACUUCCCCCCGCAGACCUUGGCUUGCGACCAGCAGAAAUUUCCUGCCUGCGGUCAGUUGAGGAACACGAUUUUUGCCCUGGCCCCUUCGGCGUGCUCCUCUUGCCCAGCGGCUCCUCUGCUGACCCUCACGAUCUCCCUGUCCGGCGCCGUCUCGGUCCUGCUGGAGGACGGCAAGGCUUCGGUCAAGCUGUGCGUGUUUAUCCAGAUAUUUAUCCGCAAGGCAGACGGCAGCCUCUUCACCCUUCUCGUUCUAAAAGCGAACCUGAAUCUAAGGGCCCGUUUUACUAUUUCUGGGAGUAAACUGAUGAUUGCUGUUACCCUGGAAAGCUCCUCCCUGCUCUUGGUUUCGUCUUCCAUCGGCAACAUCCCGGUGUUGGAUCUCAUGCCGCUGAUCAAUAAGCUGCUGGCGGAUCUCCUGGUGCCCAAGAUCGACGGCUGCCUGGACCCAGGAGUCCCUCUCCCCAGCAUCCUGGGCAUCAAGUUGGUGGGUCCGGACCUCAAAAUCCUCCAGGGGAUGGUGUUGGUGACCGUGUGAGCGAGGCGACCCAUCUGGAGAAAGAAGGGCAGAUGGUCAGCGCUUCUUGGCUUUGGAAAGAGAGGAGGAAAGGAAGGAAGAAGAAAAGACUCUCCUCAACCCCCUUGCCUCAUUUUGUCUCUGUCCUUCAGGAAGCCAGUAAGAUGAACCCCCAAACGGAAGCACCCCCUUUUUCCUCAGUCCCCCCAAUGGCUUUCCAGAUGGAAGCCGUGCAUGAUGAGAAGGGGGUGGGGGCCAAGGUCU